AUGACGAACUCCCCGUUAAGUACCACUUCAAAUGAACAAUCAAUAAGCUGCGAUAAUGAUGCCACUGAUCACUGUGAAUCACAAUUAGUAACGACGUCGAAGAACUCAUCAGAUGAUUGUCAGUAUAAUAACAACAAUAACGAAUUGAUUGUAACGGAUAAACAUUUUAAUGGUUACGAUCAAGAUGGAGAUGUUCUAACGAUCGAUAUGGAACGAUUGAAUUGUGAACGACAAAUGAAAAUGGAGCAAUUAAUGAAGGAGCAAGAAGAACUGGAUGUUUUGGUGGAAAAAGUAUUUGCAAAACAUGCUCGCGAUCGUAUGAAUAUGGCUGAUACUAUUAAACAAAUGGAGAGUCAUGCCGAAAGUAUCAUUGAUAAUGCAUUGAACGUCCUUCUCAGAUCGUCAUCGAAUUCAACAACAGCCCACGAUCUUGAUCAAGAAGAAUUGGAUGCAGUGCUGCGUCAACGAAGGAUUGAUCUGCAGAAUGAACGAGAACAAUGGCUAAAAACAACCGAACAAGAAGAUAAGUUGUUGUCGGAAUGCGUUUCGAAUGAAGCUGAAGAAAGAAGACGAAAGUCAAUGAACGAAAUUGCGAAAAAGAUGGCUGAGGUGGACCUUCUGGUUUUAUCGAAAUCUGGCAAGGAGCGUGAAAAGUACGAUGUAAUUUGUUCAGAAAUCAUGAACGAUCACAAUAUUCUCGAAGAUUUUGUUGUAUCGAUGCGCGAACGUGCAGAUGAGAGGAGCGUUAUGUUGCAAUCGCAGAUCGAUUUGAUUGAAAGAGCGUUGUUGGACAUAUCGUUGAUUGAGAUGAAUCGAAGAAAUGAGAAAGUUGAUACGAAUGCUGUUAAAGAGGAAUGUUCCUCAGAAACGAACACUGCCACAACAUCACAACCAACGCCUUCUAGCGGACAUCGUUCGAUCAUUCGAGCACACUAUGAAGAAGAAUGUGUUGUGUGUAUGAGCAAUUCAGUGAAACUGUUGAUAUCGCCAUGUGGUCAUGUGUGCUUAUGUGAGGAGUGCGCCACGUCUUUAGACGACUGUCCCAUGUGCAGAACGCGUAUUACGAAUCGUAUUCUUCUUUCUGGCACCAACUGA